AGCUGCAGCCAACAACAACAGGCUGAACCGGACUGAACGCUGUGCCCUAUCAUUCCAAGAUGGCGGACCUCCUAGGCUCAAUCUUAAACUCGAUGGAGAAGCCUCCAACAGUCGGAAGCCAGGAAAGCCGACGAAAGGCUCGAGAGCAAGCAGCAAGACUCAAGAAGAUGGAGGAACUUGAGAAAAGAAAGAAAGCUGAGUUCCGGAAAAAGAUGGAGAAAGAAGUGUCAGAAUUCAUUCAAGACAGUGCACAACAGAAACGGAAAUACAAUCCUAUGGGGAAGAUUGAGAGGAGUAUAUUGCAUGACGUUUCAGAGGUGGCCGGUCUGACUUCUUUUUCUUUCGGGGAGGAGGAGGAGAGCCGUUACGUCAUGCUUUUCAAGAAGGAGUUUGCUCCAUCAGAUGAGGAGCUGGAAGCCUAUCGAAAUGGAGAGGAGUGGGACCCCAAGCUGGCAGAGCAGCGGCGCAGACUCAAGGAACAGGCCGUGUUGGAAGAAACAGCAUCCAGUAAGACAAAGAAAACUGAAAUGUGUCCUAACACCAACUACAGGGACAAGUACGUCCACCUGAUCGGCACCUCGGCUGCCAAAGAUGCCGCACACACACUAGAGGCCAACAGGGCUUAUGGCUGCGUGCCGGCAGCAAACAAGAGAGACACCCGCUCCGUAGAGGAAGCCAUCGACCAAAUCAGAGCGAAGAAACGGCAGAAGCAGGAGGAAGACUCGGGGGCACCCAGCAGCAGCUCCUGAGACUCCACCAUGUUUAUGUCUACCAUUUAUUGUGUGUGUGUGUGUGUGUGUGUGUGUGCGUGUGUGUGUGG